GACGUAACUAACGCUCUGCAUUCGCGGCGCUAUCAGUUCCGCACGCCACUCUGGUGCCAGGAAUAUUCCGCUCCUCCUGCCCUCCGCCCUCGACCCUUCCGCAAACCCAGCUCUCUGCUGGCAGUUCGUGAGGGCAGCAUGAGGGCGCCGCUGCUGCUAUGGGCGGCCGCCACGUGGCUGGCCGUCAGCGCCGUGGCGCACCCUGGCAGACGUGGCGGCGGCGGCGGGGAGCAGCCGCUGUCGAGGAUCGCCGUCGAGAGCGCGGUCCUCGCCGUCGACGAUGCGGCGCACGUCAGGGCGUCCCCCUUGGUACUGGGGCUCAAGGGCGAGAGCAGCGAAUGGGUGGACGUGGAGUUCUUCCAUCCCGACCCAUCCAGCGACGACUGGAUCGGUGUCUUCUCUCCCGCGGAUUUCAGUGCUGCGAUCUGUGAGCCUGAGAAUCCGAGGCAGUCUCCUCCAGUGCUUUGCUCUGCACCUAUCAAGUACCAGUUUGCAACCUUCAAAAAUGAUGGGUAUAACAAGACCGGAAAGGGCUACCUGAAGCUUCAGCUGAUCAACCAGAGGGGAGAUUUCUCGUUCGCACUUUUUUCAGGAGGCCUCUUGAAGCCCAAGCUGAUUGCCGUCUCCAACAAGGUGGCAUUUGCGAAUCCGAAGGCGCCGGUGUACCCACGUUUGGCGCAAGGCAAGUCUUGGAAUGAAAUGACAGUAACCUGGACAAGUGGCUAUGAUAUUACAGAAGCGGUUCCUUUCGUUGAAUGGGGCGAGAAAGGCGGACGCCGGUUUCUUGCUCCAGCUGGAACUCUAACGUUUGACAGAAACAGCAUGUGUGGUGCACCAGCGCGAACUGUUGGUUGGCGCCAUCCUGGCUACAUCCAUACUAGCUACCUGAAGGAUCUGUGGCCAGACUCGCGGUACACUUACAGGCUUGGCCACAGGCUAAUGAAUGGGACCCGCGUCUGGAGCAAAUCAUACAGCUUCAGAGCAUCACCUUACCCUGGACAAGAUUCUUUGCAGCGAGUUGUCAUAUUUGGAGACAUGGGAAAGGCAGAGGCAGAUGGUUCAAAUGAGUUCAACAACUUCCAGCCAGGUUCACUGAAUACUACGUACCAGAUCACGAGUGACAUAGAAAACAUCGACAUGGUGGUCCACAUCGGGGACAUCUGCUACGCGAACGGCUACUUGUCUCAGUGGGAUCAGUUCACUGCACAGAUCGAACCGAUUGCUUCGACGGUGCCAUACAUGGUUGGCAGUGGUAACCACGAGAGGGAUUGGCCUGGCACCGGUUCAUUCUACGGCAACCUCGACUCCGGCGGAGAAUGCGGCGUCCCUGCCCAAACCGUGUUCUACACUCCGGCUGAGAACCGCGCAAAGUUCUGGUACGCAACGGACUACGGCAUGUUCAGGUUCUGCGUCGCUCACACGGAGGAGGACUGGAGGCCCGGGACCGAGCAGUACAGGUUCAUCGAGCGGUGCCUGUCGUCCGUCGACAGGCAGAAGCAGCCGUGGCUCGUCUUCCUCGCGCACCGCGUCCUUGGGUACUCGUCCUGCGCCUACUACGAGUCGGAGGGCACGUUCGAGGAGCCCAUGGGGCGGGAAGCGCUGCAGGAGCUCUGGCAGAAGUACAAGGUCGACCUCGCCUUCUAUGGACACGUCCACAGCUACGAGAGGACGUGCCCAGUCUACCAGAGCCAGUGCGUCGUCGACGCGUCGGACCACUACAGCGGGCCGUUCCAGGCGACGACGCACGUCGUGGUCGGCGGCGCGGGAGCCAGCCUCUCGGAGUUCGCCGCCUCGAAGAUCCAGUGGAGCCACUUCACCGACUUCGACCACGGCUUCGUCAAGCUCACCGCCUUCAACCACUCGUCGCUGCUGUUCGAGUACAAGAAGAGCCGCGACGGCAACGUGUACGACCGUUUCACCAUCUCGCGCGACUACCGGGACGUCCUCGCUUGCUCCGUCGACAACUGCCCCCGGACCACACUGGCCUCAUGAAGCCUCACGAUCGCGGUGGUUUUCACUUUUCAGACAAGGGAUUCGGUCCGUGCGGUGGGUCUCUUGCAGGGCAGCAGCGAUUCAAGUUACUGUACAUAGUUUUUUUUUUCUUUUUUUCUUUUUUUGGUAGUGCGCCAAUAAAUGAGGCGUUUUCUUUACUGCCUCCGUUACCUGCAUGUGAAACUAUGUUGUUCUACCCGUAGCUAAAAUAUGUUUUAGUAUGAGAAGGGUUAACCAAAACGUUUUGGUUUAUUUU